AUGAGUUGGUUCAGUACACGUGCGCUAACAUUGCUGUCGUCCUCGUUCGGGGGAUGUGGUCUCCUGCUGGUGGGCGCGGCCGUGUCCAGCGAUUAUUGGUUGCUGAUGGAGGAGGGCGUGGUCUUGCAGCACAACCAGAGCACCCAGGUCAAGAUGGCGCUGCACUCGGGAUUGUGGCGCGUGUGCUUUGUGGCAGGCCCCGAGAAUGGUCGCUGCGUGGCGUCCGAUUACUUCAGCGAUUCCGAAGUAGAGAUCACCACGGAGAACACAGCAAACAUCCUCAAGAUGGUUCGCACGGCGACGCCCUUCCCGGUGGUGUCGUUGCUUUUCGUCUUCAUCGCCGUGGUGGUCAGCAGCGUCGGGCACGUCAAACCUCAGCGGACUAUCCUGGCCUUCGUCUCUGGGAUAUUCUUCAUCCUGUCAGGGCUGAGCCUGGUGGUAGGCCUAGUGUUGUACAUCUCCAGCAUCAACGACGAAGUGAUGAAUCGACCGCGCGAGGCCGAGCAGUUCUUCAACUAUCGUUACGGAUGGUCCUUCGCGCUGGCCGCCUCCUCCUUCCUGCUCAAAGAGGGUGCUGGCGUGAUGUCGGUAUACCUGUUCAUGAAGCGCUACGCCGAGGAAGAGCUGUUCCGCCCGCACCCCGCCCUCUACCGCCCCCGCAUGUCGGACUGCAGCGACUACAGCGGCCACUUCCUGCACCCCGACGCGUGGGCACCGCCCCCGCGCAGCCGCAGCCCGUCCGACGUGUCCUCGGAGAUCUCCGUCCAGCUCCGGCACGCCGCGCCCGCCUCAUCCUCCUCUUCCGCCUCCUUCCCGCCUCAUCCGCUCCUGCGCGGCGACUCGCUCCCGAGGGCGGCGCGGCCCCAAUUGCCAUUGGGGAGCCCUCCGUCGCCCUUUCUUCCUCCGCGCUACCACGUGCGGACGAGUGCCUCGCCGUGUUAG